AUGAAGAGCCAGCUUCCGCUCCCCGCCACAGCGGAACGGCCAGCCAAGCUGAGCUGGUCUAGUCUUGUGGCGGAGAAUGAAACCGCCCCAAUCUCAACCUCACUCCCGGACCCGGAGCCCCAAGUGACCGUCACUGGGGACGAGGUCCUUCAAGCCGUCAACAUACACAAGAAAUUCCGACUCCCGGACCUAGCCCCGGACAUUGAAGUGGUCGGUUUGCCAGCUUUUGAUGAUCUCACUCAAUACGGCAUCACUGAGCAAGUUCAGGAGCGCCUUUGGGCGGCUGAAGUGUCGAGACUCGCUGAGAUCGUCUCAGGGACCGCCCCUCUCCUUUUUGAAGGUUCCGCCGAUCUCGCUGUUGACUCCCAGAGGGCACACGAGCUCCUUGCUUCGAUGGCAGAUCGUGUUUACCAAGCCAUGAGCAUCGCCAACUACGACGCCGAGAACAUGCUCGCUGAAGAAGCCAAUACACUGUGCGAUGUCGGCAAGCUGAGGAAGAACCGCGCUACGCUGGAGUACAUUGUUGACCGCGAGGAGGGCGGGACCGGAGAGAAGGAUGCUAAUGCACCAUGCCCUAAACACGAGGACAUCCUCAAGUUUGUCAGCUACUUCAGUGGUGUCGUGGCGCGCGUUUUGUGUACCGCAGCGGACGGCAAAUUCAUGCACCUCAACAUCCUGGCCCAAAUGGCCAAGCUGUGCACCAAACUCAAAGUGCUCACCGCAAGCCUCCCGGAGUUCGCGCAGAUUUCCAUCGACAACGGGGUUCCCGACCAGAAAAUCCCCGUUCCACUGCAGUACGACCUCCGCGGUCGACAAGACGGAGACAAUGCCAACAAUCAGGGAGGUCAAGGACCUAUGUCGAUUCCGGCAGCAGAGGCACACAGCUUCGCUGAAAGAAUGAAUCCUUUGCUGGAAGACUUGCGCCGGCUGUCGGGCACGGAAGAAUCGCCACCUGACACCACGAAGACGAAGAAAGAAUCGGUUCGGUCCUUGUAUUUCCUCCACUGCCACAUGUUUCGGCGUGGCGUGCUCGACCUCUUCCGCGUUCUCCUGCUGUCAAUGAGGGGGACCAACAUGCUGUCCAGUACGCCCAUCGACUGUUAUGAGAUGAGCUCCAUGGUGUACGUGGCCGGUUUCGAGCGUUUCCGCGUCUUACUAUACCAAGAUCACAAUAGGAAAUGCUUCAUCGGGAGCUCUGAUCGAGAUGAAGUAAACUAUGCGCGGAUAUCUUACCACCUCCUGGACAAAACAAUUCGGGCUAUGAAAGAUAACACCGGCGCAGAACCAAGUACCGCAGCUGGCGAGUCGGUGGGCACGAUUGUGUCAUGGACCUAUGUACCCGCCGAGUGUGAGGGCGGCGAUACCUUGAGGAAUCCGAGCCCUUUCAACCUCAAGUCGAUGAGCCAAGUUAUUACCGUCCUCGUACCUCUGAUCUUGACGAAUCCAACAGCAGUGGUAGACCUUGACCAGACUGUGGGUCUGAUCGCUUUCGCCGAGGACUCCUUCAACCCACGCCACAGGACGAUAAAACUGCCUACAUUCGGACAAUACACAGCGUUUUGCAGCCUGACGACAAAGGAGUAUGUGAAAAUGCAGGAGGACCUUGGUCCCGGCGCUCCACGGUCACUCUCGAAUUCUUUACCACGACUCAACAAUCUCCUUCGUGGCCAAGCGAUAACGGAGACUAGUCGCACAAUGAGUUUUCCCCUCGGCGCUUUAAGUAACGAUCCCAAUCAAUCCAAAGCCGCCAGUAGUGACGAUAGGACGACGCGGGGGCAGGUUGAGCGGCACCAGCUCGAGCUUGACAAAGCGAGGACGAAGAUGAAGGCAUGGGUGCUCGAGGAGAAAGGUGUGGUUGUUGAGUGCAAGCUCUACGUCUACAGCCUAAUGGUCGUCUGCACCCUGCUCGUCUUGGGUGGGGUGGCUGUCGGAGCUGCUGUGGGCGACCGUAUCUCCGGCGUAGACCCCUUCAACAUCACGACGUAUUGCUGGGUGCUCGCCGCCUUUAUUCUCCUGGUGGCGAAGAGCGUCAGAGUCCACGAGUGGUCCUGGAACGACUUUCUACACAGACGCGUUGUUUGUAAGAGCGUAUCGGAGCUGUCUUCCAUUACUGGUAUUAAUGACCAGUUCAUCAUCGCCAAGCUGCUGCAGGAGGAGCGACAGUCCAUCCUUCAAACCCGCGGCCCAUUCAACACGAUAUUCAGGCGAAGGUCCGAAGAUGGGUUCUCCAUCAACUGUCCCAUCAGCACUUGGACCAUGUUGCUCAGUGGGCUGAUCAUGAUUGAGGUCGAGUCCAUCACUGGGCAUGGUCUUGCUUGUCUAGACCUCCGCCAAGGUACGACCUACCGCUUUGUUGACAACCAGUACGUCCCGAACGAGAAAGACAAUGAGAAGUACAUCUACUGCUCGCGUCUUUACGAGGAGAACGGGAAGGAUAAGAACCAGGGUCCGCAAAGAAUUCGACUAAGUAGUGGCAAAGGUUUCAUAUGGCACCGUACUCUGGGAUUAUAUGGUGACAAGAACGUCGAGUUCAUCUAA